CCAAUUUUAUUCACUAAUUUUUAUUACUUUAGGAUUUAUUUCUGUGAAGUAAGUCAACCUUUUUUGAUGAUAGAAACUUAUUUUAUAAUUUCAUACCCAAUAUGAUUUUUGUUAUUAUGAGAAUCAAUUAGUAAUCAAUAUGAUAAACUGUUACUUAUCAUAUCAGUUUGUUUGAUAAGAAAAGCUAUAAACUUUUUCUACAAAUUAUAAAAUAAUAAAUUUCCUACUGUAUCUCCUCAAAAGUUAGAAACUUAGGGUAAACAAAAAAAAUAAAGUUAAAUAUGUACCCGUUUCAUUUUGCUCUGUAUUAUUCUUUUCAAUUCCACUAUUUUUCCAAAUCAUUAACAUGCAGAUUCUUGUAAACUUUUGAUUUAAUCUAUAACAGUUUUGAUAUGGUUCUUUGAAACAGCAAAUGCAGUGGAGUAUUGUUGAAUUUUAUGUAUUAUAAAUAACAAAUUUAUUUCUAUUUCAGAUAUAUAAUUAUGACCAUGGAAGUUGGAUAUGAGAUAUACAAUAAUAAUGUACAUGCUUUAAUUUUUUUUAAUUAGAUUUUUUAUGAAUACCUCUGUUAAGACUUAAGUGUGAUUGUGACAUGUGCAGAAAAGUGUCUUACUGACUUUGUGGUGAAUGAAAGACAGUAGUCUUAUUGAUUAAAAUGUCAGAUGAGGAGGAUUCAUCCCCUGACCAGGCUCUGGUGCCCUUCAACAAUGUACCAAUCCUGGGCGUCAAGCGUCUCAAGCAGAUCGAGACGAUGUUCCUCUCUCGUCGAUUGCAAGGCCCCAGGGCUGCAGCCGCAGGGCUCAGUGUGGAGACCUUGCUAGACGUCCUGUUGGUACUACACGAUGAGUGCUGCAAUAGUUCCCUGAGGAGGGAGAAGGCGGUCGCCGACUUCAUACAAUAUGGUGAGUGAAAUUGGAGGUACGAUAUAUUUUGCUGGGUAAUCAUUUACUCGUUUCUUGCGCUCAUUUUCACGCGCACACAAUAAUUGAAACAUACAAUUCUCAGACAUUUCGGAUCCCUUACAGGUUCUGUGUUUACUAGACUAAUAUUCAGUUUCACAAACGAUCUUUACCAAAAUAGGCGUGAGGGGGGGGGCAAUAUUAUAGGUAUAAUACUUAUUUACAGUUUAAAAAAUAAUGAGCUUUACAAAUCUUUUGAUACACAUUAUAGGCUACGCGGGACGGACUUGCUUCAAAAUCUCUACAUGAAAUAUUUAAUAACAUACACCUCAAAACUAUGAUUAUAUAAAAUUCGACUUCAUGGAGCGUGGGAGGGGGAUGGGGGGGUAGCUGAGUCUGAGGUUUAAUGACGACUAAGCUGUAAUGAAUAUUCUGUUCUGUUCAGCUGUAAAUUUGUAUCGGUAACGGGGCGCUUUAAACUAAUGAAAAUUUUAAUGGAUAUUUGUGCAAGGGGUAACAAUUAAUUUAUUGCUGGUCGAACGUCUUGUAUGACAAUUAUGAUUGCCGUAUACUUAUGUAUAUCUAUUUCGGAAGAAUUAAGUUUUAAAAGUUUUUUUCUGAUAGUAAUUUAUAUGACAGCUAUUAUAACUUAUUGUAACGGUUUACUAUGUAAAAAGAAACCUUAAUAUAGCAUAAAAUAUAUAUUAAGGUACAUAAACAUUCACAUAAUAUUUUACUGAUACUGAUUUUUUAUAUAACACAAUAUAAAGAAUCCGGUCAGCUGUUAAGAAAGUUGGACUACAUACUGAAAUAUUCUAAACCAUUUAAUGUCUGUCAACAGUAAAGCCUGUGGUAACAGCGUUGAAACGGUUACGGUUAUCGCGAGAUGACUUCGAGCUGGUGAAGGUUAUAGGGCGCGGCGCUUUCGGUGAAGUUUGCGUUGUGAGAGCUUCCUUCAUGCAGGGCGCGGAGGGCGGGGUAAACAUGGCGGCGGUGGGAGGCGGUACAGUGUCCACUACAACAGGAGAACGAGUAUACGCUAUGAAAAUACUCAAUAAGUGGGAAAUGCUCAAGAGAGCCGGCACUGCUUGCUUUCAAGAAGAACGCGACGUACUGGUAUUUGGCGACAGGCGAUGGAUCACAAAUCUGCACUAUGCCUUUCAGGACGAACAUAAUCUGUAUCUCGUUAUGGAUUACUAUUGCGGUGGUGAUCUCCUCACUCUGCUAUCUAAAUUCGAAGAUAGGUUACCGGAAGAUAUGGCGAAGUUCUAUAUCGCGGAGAUGAUACUGGCCAUACAUAGCGUCCACGAGCUGCGAUAUGUGCAUAGGGAUAUCAAGCCAGACAACGUUCUAUUGGACGCGAGCGGUCACAUUCGGUUAGCAGACUUCGGUUCAUGUUUGCGGUUAGGUGAUGACGGCAAGGUAAUAUAAGAAUAUUUAAUCUUAACUUGAUUCCAAUUCCUAUUGAUCAUUAUAGUACAUUAAUUAGUUGUUUAUUUAAAAAACUUUAAAAAUAAUCUAUUUUCGUCUGUUUCAAAUAGGUCACAUUAAAAUUUAUUUAGUUUUCUUUGUUCUUUCACAAUGUUAUGGCAUAUAUUUUUUUGUGUGUAGCGACCGAAGCUUUUUGGAAACAGAUAUUGUCUAUUUAUUUGCCUUUUGACACGCGGGUUAUAUAAGGUUAUUUGUAAAAGGGUUAUUUUAAAACAAAAUGUAAACGUAAUAAGGACAAAAAUAGAAAUAUAAACUAAAUGUCAACAAACAAAAAUACCUGAAUAAUAAAUGUUACUAAUAUUAUAAAGGCGAAAGUUUGUAUGUUUGUUACUUCUUCACGUAAAAGCUACUGAAGGGAUUUUGACGAAAUUAACAUAGGAUACUAUUUAUCCCACUAUGAAAUAGUAUAAGGAAUUGAAGUAAGAGAAGUAACACCAGUGAGAAUUUGUAAGAGUAACUAGAGUAAAACGACGUGCUACUGUA